AUGCUCGAACACUCCAAACUUGCUGACCUCGUCGCCAAACAUGGAAACUCGACCUCCACCGCUUGGCUCGAGACCGAGCGGUAUCACACUUGGCAGCCUUCCGAGGCUAUUCCGGAAUCAUCAUUCACCCCUGUCCAAGGUUAUCUCCACUCGAACUCUUGGGUAUUUGCAUGGGGCAACCCUAUUAUCUCUGACCCAAAGGCUCUCAAGCCCACCGCACAAGCUUUUGCUAGCUUUGUAGAGAGCAAAGGGAUGAAAUGCGUGUACUGUUGUGUUGACGACAAACUUGAUGAGAUCCUAUCUAGCACGGGAUGGUCGACGGUCAGCUGUAUCAAUGAAGAUGUCGUUGAUCCUGAGCGUGUCAUAGAAUUGACAAGCGAUACCUCAGAAGGAGACGGAUCGAUGGCGAAGGACUUGAGGAAGAAUUUGCGGCGGGCUGAGAGAGCUCAUAUUGACGUCACGGAAAUCAAUCGGGACCAAUGGUCUGACGCAGCAAGUAAAGAGAUCCAGGAUGGUGUGGCCGCGUGGAAGAAGUCUCGCACAGGCCUUCAACUCGCUGCCACUUCAUUUGACCCAUUCCUCGAUUUUGACCACAGGCGAUAUUGGGUGGCUCGUUCAGACGGCAAGGUCGUGGGUGUUCUUAUUCUAACUCCGGUACAAGAUUCUUUCGUCAUCAAGAAUGCUGUCGCCUUUCCUCAAGCUCCAAAAGGCACCUCUGAAUACCUGAUUACUUCGGCUCUUACAGACUUGCGCAACGAAUUCCAGUCCGAUACUGGUAGCGUGAAAAGAGGAGAUAUUUCCGUUACGUUUAAUGUCAGCGCCGCCAGUGACCUCAAGCCAACGAAGAACAUCAGUGGGUGGAAAUUCACGUGGCUGAACAAGACGUAUUCAAACGUCAACCAAGGCGCAGGACUAUUGAAUCGAGGUAAUUUUCGGAGUAAAUUUGAUGCGUCCCGCGAGCCAAUGUUUGUGUGUUAUUCGACCGAAGAUGGGUUUGGAUUAGAUGGCAUAGAAACACUACUCAAGCUUCUUCGGCGAUAG